UUGAGUCUAGACUGCCAAUGCGCACUGGCUCUUACCAGUCGGUCUGCUGGUCAUCGAUAACCAGGAGGAUUUUGGCACUGCUGGAGACUCCUGCCCGGUCCGCUGCCUCGGAUAAGGUCGCAGCCGCAGCAGCUGUGGUCUGUUUGACGGCAUUGGAUAUGGAUGAGAAGAAGCCUCCGCCGGAGCCUCCACCUCCAGGCUGCGGCUGCUGUUGAGGCUGCUGCGGCUGCUGAGGAGGCUGCGGCUGCGGCUGGCUGGUGGACUGGCGCCUCUCCGUCGGCCCGGGCGACACUGCUGCGGGGCUUUGCGGGUCAGGACGUUGGAGGUCGGUCAUGUAGCCAUUGGGCAGGUUGGACAUGAAAUUGCUGUCCGAGAGUCGUCGACGCAGACAAAGACAAGAAACCAUGGCUGUGGCUAAUUUCCAGUACAUUACCCGGAUGAGCAGUGGCUUCAAAGUCUACAUUUUAGAAGGUCAGCCCCACCUCAGGAGCGAAGACAGACACAGACAUAUUGCAAACGAGCGGGCUCGAGUCCCAACGGUACAUCCAGUCAAACGCAAGCAUAGCCACGAGCGGGGUCUGACAUUGGAGGAAAGGCGAGAGCGGGUACUGAGCAGAAGCAGCACCAAAGCUGCCCAGAGAGUUGCACAAGCACCAGUGAUGUUCAACAGGCCGCAGAGCCCCACAUCUACCUGGAGUCCAACACCCAGCCCCACCAGCCCCCUGCCCACCCACGUGUACUACGCACCGGUCAUGGACGAACCACUUGCCCUCAUCAAGAAACCAAGAAAAGACCCUGAAAGCACAGAGGGAAAGAAUAAAAGCUUUGCUCCCUCUCGAAUCCAGAUGCGUCCCUCUGUGAUCACUUGCGUCUCCUCGUCAAGAAACCCGUCCUGCAGAUCCGAGGUCCAAAGGAGCCCCUCAUCAGUGAUUUCCGAACGCAGCUACGACCACGUGGUUGAGGAGCACUUCCAGAGGAGCCUCGGAGUGAACUACCAGAAAGCUCGCGCCCAGCAGCUCUCCAUCAGCGUGUCUGUGGAUGACCACUUCGCCAAGGCUUUGGGAGACAAGUGGCUGCAGAUUCAAUCCAAGUCUUCCUCCUGUUCCUCCACACCUCCCAGCAGUCCGAGCGUCACUCACUCCCCCACCUACAGCCACAGCCUGAACCUGUCCCACAAAGAGUCCGCCAGCAGCUCAUCGCCCACUUCCAGCCGCUGGUCCGUCAAUUAAAAGCAGAAACGACCUCUGAUGUGAGAAGAAACUGUGACUUGUAACAUUUCACCGCGCGCAGCUCGGAUUGUCGGGGCAACGGAAAUGCCAGCGCUAUAGUGUUGAGAGGGCGUGCUAACCGAUGCAGGAGCGCUGUCACUUUGAACCUCUGUGUGUCCGAAUUUAAGGCCCGCUGACGCCGACGAAUGUAGCAAUAAUUGGGAUGUCCGUGCUUUGUUACAUUUCUAUCCUCUGCUUGUUGAUAGCAUCUGAAUACCUGAGGUACCGUAGGCGGUGUUGUGAGAUGAUUGAAAAGUCAGCCAAAUAAUCCUUAACAUUUCUAUGAUUUUGUGUCGUUCCUUCGAUUUUUACAGUCUGAAUGCCACAUUUUCAUUGUAUUAUAUUUAUGUUCGGAUAAAACCUGGGUUCCUUAUAGUCUAAAAUGACUAGCCUGUCUGCUGUAAAAUAUUAUGCUUAUCAGCU